AUGCGUCGGGGCGGCCCGCCGCAGGCACAGGGGGCAGCGACGCCCCUAGCGCUGCAGAGCUCCGAAUUCGAAGACUUCAUGAACGCAUACCGCCCCACUCUGGAACUCCCGAGGCCCCCACCCCCGAAGCCUCCAGAGGAGAGCAAAUUGAGGAAGUUCAUGAGGAAGUCGAGUGUUCUCAACAAGAGCAGGAAGGAAGGGGUUCAAAGAACGCCGAAUGAUCGAGAAAAAAGCGUGGGAACUGAGGUAGAUAAGAAACCUAAGAGGCCUCUAUCUGCCGUUGUGGAAGGGACACCAUUACAGACUAUAGUCUCGGAGCCAGAAGCCAUUCCAUCGUCAAAAAAUCCAAAACAAUCUAUAUCAAGGACAGGACGAAAUGGAUCCGAAGAACAGCAGCUUAAAGUUCCGGCCGCAUUGGAAGUGCCCAAAUCGGCAAUGCCAAGAACGGCCAAGAUGUCAGACCAAGAUAUGGUGUCUGAUAUCAAAAUUCCUGUUCCAACUUCCAAACCUCCCAUCCCUGCUGCUGGUCCAGUUCCCAAAUCGCCAACGGCAAAAUCGUCCAAACUUGCGCAGGAACAAGAGCAAAAAUCUACUGUCGUUGCAUCUCCAAAACCUUCCACCAGUAAACUUUCCAAGAGUGCACUCGAACAAGAAUCUGUGGGUAAAACCACAGUUUUGCUACCACCCCCUAAAAAGGCAUCCGUAGCCAAAGCAAUGAAAAAUGGUGGCGAUGAGUACAUUACCAGGGUUGUUCCGGAAAGUACUGUCGUUUUAAACACAGCCUCUCCAAUACCGAAGAAAAAAGUUUCCAUUCAAGAUGAUAGGCGGAUAUCGGCAGUGGAAGAUGCUCUUUGCCUCAUCAUAAGUGGGAAUAACAUUGGACGAUUCCUACCGCCUCGUCAUUUGAAGUAUGAUGUAUGA